AAUUUUCAUAUUUUUUCUAAUUUUUUUUCGAAGAAGUCGAAGAAGCAAAGUUUUUUAAGGUUUAAUUGCUCUUUAAUUAAAGUAUCUAAUAAUUAAUCAAGUAUUUCGAACAUCUCACCAUCGAACGUAAGAAUGGCCGAAGCUAUGCGUCAGAAUGUCGCUCAGUUCCUCAACGGAAUAGAAAGGUAUAAUCCUGUUAAUCUACCAACACUGGAAAGAUACGUCGAAGUACAGUCUCAAGAAAACGCUUACGAUUUAGAAGCCAAUAUCGCCGUCUUGAAACUAUACCAGUUCAAUCAACAAUACAAUAUCGAUAUCACGAGUCAAAUUUUGCUCAAAGCUUUGACCAACUUACCCCACACAGAUUUCGCUCUUUGCAAAUGUCUGCUUAGUGAACAAAUGUGUAAAGAAGCUCCCAUCAGUCAAAUCGUAUACCUGGCUGAUUUAUUGGAAAGUUGUAAUUUCCAGCAGUUUUGGGCUAGUAUUUAUUCGAUGCCCGAUUUAUACGCUAAAAUCCAAGGAUUUCAAGAUUCCAUUCGUAAAUUCGUCUGCCACGUCGUUGGAAUCACUUUCCAGUCUAUUAAUAAACAUUCAUUAUGCGAAUUGUUAGGAAAUAUCGAUGAGGGUUCGAUGAAAAAAUGGGUCAAGAAAUACGGCUGGAAAGAAAUAGAAAAUGGAUUGAUUUUUAUUUCCAAUCAAGAUGAAAAUAUCAAAACGAAGAAUAUAUCCGAAGAAAUUUCAUUUGAAAAAUUAGUCGAUAUUUUAAACAUACACUGAAAUUAAUUAAUUUACUUGUUUAAUUUUUAAAAUUAAAUUUUUUAUGCUCUA